GCGCGGCCAUGGAGGCGGACGGCAGCCAGGCGACCUCGGGGAGCCCCGGCGAGGCGCAGCACGACCCCGGCAAGAUGUUCAUCGGCGGCCUCAGCUGGCAAACCUCACCAGACAGCCUUAGAGACUAUUUCAGCAAGUUCGGGGAGAUCCGGGAGUGCAUGGUCAUGCGGGACCCCACCACCAAGCGCUCCAGAGGCUUCGGGUUCGUUACGUUCGCGGAUCCGGCGAGUGUAGACAAAGUCCUGGCUCAGCCCCACCACGAGCUGGACUCUAAGACGAUUGACCCUAAAGUUGCAUUUCCCCGACGAGCACAGCCUAAGAUGGUCACAAGAACAAAGAAAAUAUUUGUAGGUGGAUUAUCGGCUAACACGGUAGUGGAGGACGUAAAGCAAUACUUCGAGCAGUUUGGCAAGGUAGAGGACGCCAUGCUUAUGUUUGACAAGACGACCAACAGGCAUAGAGGAUUUGGCUUCGUAACUUUUGAAAAUGAAGACGUGGUGGAAAAAGUGUGUGAAAUCCAUUUCCACGAAAUCAAUAAUAAAAUGGUAGAAUGUAAGAAAGCACAACCUAAAGAAGUGAUGUUUCCGCCAGGGACGAGAGGAAGGGCACGUGGAUUACCGUAUACCAUGGACGCUUUUAUGCUAGGGAUGGGAAUGUUGGGUUACCCAAAUUUUGUUGCAACGUAUGGCCGAGGAUAUCCCGGGUUUGCCCCAAGUUACAGCUAUCAGUUCCCAGCCCUAUUACCAUAUUUAAAUGCAAGUUUUCCGGCAGCAGCCUAUGGACCAGUAGCAGCGGCAGCCGUGGCAGCAGCAAGAGGAUCAGGUAGGGGGGCCCAUGGAAGAGCAAACCCUCAGAGUGCAGGGUCAGUCUUGAAUAGCUACAGUGCUCAACCGAAUUUUGGCGCACCCGCUUCCCCGGCAGGCUCCAACCCAGCCCGACCCGGAGGCUUCCCCGGGGCCAACAGCCCAGGGCCCGUCGCGGAUCUCUACGGCACGGCCAGCCAGGACUCCGGCGUGGGUAACUACAUAAGCGCCGCCAGCCCGCAGCCGGGCUCCGGCUUCGGCCACGGCAUCGCUGGCCCUUUGAUUGCAACGGCUUUUACAAAUGGAUACCAUUGAAACGUUACACAUGGUUGGUUGCCAUCUCACUUGGAGAGUCUCUCUGGAUGUCCGGGCAAGACAGGGCGAAGUUUCUGACGGGGCCCACGUUUGGGUGAUCUCAUCAGACUUUGAGCACAUCAUCAUCACCGGUAACGCAAACUGGAGGUGGCACUUGACGGACUUAGGUUGUCUAAAACAAAACAAAUCUCUCUCAUCAUCUCAUGAAUCUGCUGUACUAUAAAAACAACAGCUUUUAAAAGUAUGUAUAUAAAACCCAUUUCUUGGUCGUUUUAUUUUCUUGAUGGGUCCCCCCCUUUUUAAACCUCUCCAAACCAUGUUUUUUUCGUAGCCUUUUGACAUAGUCUCGUAGCCACGUAGUUCUAAUUCUUUGUGUAUCUAGCAAGAGCCUAACCAUAGUGUAACUGUUUAUAUUAAGAGGUUUCUUUUGUUUUUUCUUUCCCACCUCCCUUCCUUCUCCCUUCUCUUUGACGUAGUUGUUGUUGCUUAAAGGAUGCUGAGAUGGUGACAGGAGUCUCAGCCGCUGGUACCGGCUCCGCAGCCGGCAGCGGGCACGGUUACGGGGUGGCCUUGCAGGGCACGGGGGGGCACGGGUGAGCAGCAGGUUCUCUAGCCCUUCUUUUCAUUUGUGGUGUCUUCUUUAACCUGUAAUUCUCUCUAUUUUGGGCAAUAAGGCAAGGACUACAAACUUUUUGUGCGUCCUUUUUUUCUAUAAGUGCUUUUUUUUGUUGAAAGAGGUGAUAUAAGGUUUUUUGAAAUCGUGAAUUCUGAAAAAAAAAGAAAAAAAAAAGAAAAAUACUGUAAAUACAAUUCCAUUAACUACAUAGAAACUAUUAAGAAAGAGAAAUACAAACCUAUUUUUGUGAUGGAGUCAGCCUAAGGCAGUUUCUCUAUGAAACAAAUGGAAGAAAAGAGACAAGGUGUUAGAGGUUUGCCCGGCCGCCGGCGCUGGCCCGCAGGAGGUAGGUGAUGCACACACUGCUCGGCUUGCUCCGUAGGCAUGGUAGACCUUCCAGCUCUCCUAGCGUCAUACCAGCAUCUUCGCUAUCAGACGUGCACAGCUUACAAAGGAACAGUCUAGUGGUAUGGGUUAUUUUCAUUUCAAAACCUGCUUUUUUUUUUCCCAAGACUGAAAAAAAAAAAGAAGCUAUGAUUUUAUUUUUGGUCCUAUUUAAUGCAUUUAUGGUUCAAAGCACACCUUUCAUUAUAGGGUUUUUUAAGUUGUUUUCAACUCGAUCAACUUGCUGUCCAGUCAUUUCAGCUGCUCUGGGUAGCCUGGGUGAAGGUGAGGUCCUUCCUCCUCCUCCUCCUCCCUCACUACUGCAAGCAGAGCAGCUUCCAAGCUUGCAUGGUUGCCUGUUUCAUCCAUUAGUUUCCGUAGUAACAAAUUAAGAAAGCAACUUUAGGUUGUGGUUUUUGGGUUUUUUUUUGGGAAUACCUCAGUGCUACAAGUUUCACCCUAGAAGCAACGGGAAGAUUUUUUUGUUGUUUUUUUUUUAAUUUAUUGUAGUUAUAAACAGAAUUUAAGAAAAAAAAAGGAAAAAAAAAAGAAAAAUAAAGAACUAUAAAACAUCAUUGCACUGUGACUGGUAGGGGAAAAACUGACAGUUUCCUAUUUGCACAUGUUUAAUAUUUGGCUGUUAUAUAUAAUGGUCCUCUGUCGGGGGAGGAAACUUAAUGAAGGAUGUUUUUUAAUUUAAGUUUUGUAAUAUGGGGCGCUAGGGCCUGCAAACAGCAAACCUAGAAGUCCAGCCUGGGCGAGGUGGCAUUACGGACAUACUGUAGCGCGGAUAGAGCUCUUCUGUUUUUAACGUACUCUGGACAAGGGGUUUCUUGCUAUUUUUUUAACUUGUUACGUUUAUAAACUUGGUACUUUAGGUACAGGCAGUACAAGACACUGAAUGCGACAUUUGUUAACAAGAGCUGCUGCACUCCUAUUUUUGUAAUCUUUACUAACGAGUAGACUUAACGUAGACGUUCACUAGACAAGGUAGAGCAAGGCAUCUGUAACAAACACAAGGCACCAUACUGCGACCCGGGAGGAGAGAUCCUUGGGUUCUCUUGUUUUUAAACAACAAAAAAAACACAAAAAAAAAGAGAAAGAGUCAUGCUUUUUAUGUGAUCUUUUAGGUUUUUUUCUUAUUUCCGAACAACCAGGUUUAAGCAAAAUGCUGGACGCUUUUUAACUCUCGAGACUUGAUCAAGUCAUAAAAGAAACGAAACAAUUCUUUAAAAAAUAAAAACUUUAAAAAAAAUACACAAAAAAAAAAACAACCACCAACCUACAAACCAAAUUCCCUGGAAUUCAGUGUACUGUCAGGGAAUUUUUUAUGGCUAUUUUGUCAAUGUUGAUGAUGUACUGUACUACCAGUUGGUUUUCCUCUCCAUUCCCUGUCACCUCAUAGACUCUUCUUUGUUGAUCAUUGUUGUAUGUUAAUAGUGUAUAAAAUGCUAUCUUGUAAGAGUGCUGUCCUGAUGCUAGUGUAGUGAAUUUCUCCCCCCCUCUUUCUCUCUUCCUCUUCUAGUACAUAUUGGUAGGUGUAUCGUAAUUAAGGUUAUAAAUUUAGAUGUAGUUAUUCAGAUUUAGGACCAGUAAGGAUAGAACUUUCUCUUAUUUAAGGAAAAAAAAAUGCUAAUAAUUUUGGGAAGGUUUUCCUUUCUUUUUUUCUUCCUUUUUUCUUUGAUUUCUUUUAUUUCCUUGGUUUCUUCUUUCUUUUGCUGAUCUGAUGCGGUUUCAACUAACCAAAGGUCUCACAAUGUUAAAAAAUGCUGGCAAACUCUUUAAGGCAUUUUGUAGAUCCCCCCCUUGCCGUUGAGAGGGGAUGUGCCAUACUACCUUAAAUGCUAAUGCUAGAUAUGCAAAACUGGAUUUUUUUAGUUUAUUUUUUAACAGAGGGAGGCACGGUAUAUUAAAAACGAUUUUACUAAGAGAAAAACAAAAAAUAAAACCAUAUUUUUUUAAGAAUGCUCUGAAGAAAUUGCUAAUCUGUGUGAAUAUGUUUUAGAUGUUUAUAUACCUUUUGAGAAGUCCCAGUGGCCCAUAGCACAAAUGUCGUGGAAUCCGAUAUGUUUUGAUGUGGCUACCUAGACUUAAGGUUCACGUUAGUCCCCCCCAGCUCAUCUAGAGAUCCAUUUCGAAGGGGGUUUUGGUUUAUUCUUUCUUUGUUUAGGGAGUUUGGAUCAAUUUUUUGGCACAAAGGUGCAGUUUCGCCUUUGUUUUAGUCAAGAACAGCGAGUGAAGGCUCAGCCUGAGGGAUGUUGCCCUUCUCGGCAUCCUGCUACCCUCAGAGUGACCAAAAAGAGCAAGUGUUCCAUCUUAAGCUGUAUGAAAUGGGCACCCAAAGCACUGUAGGGGGGUCAUUCCCUGCCCAGCGCUCCCGUGCUGUGGGAUGGGCUGUAUCCCAAACGCAAAGGACAUUUAAGAGCAAGCCUAAGAGCUCGGGUACCCUCCCCUUCAAACUAAAGCAGUCCUUUGCCAUGGGCUUGAUUAAAAUGAAGCCUGAUCUGUCCUGUUUUAGUUUUUCUCUCCUCCAUCAUUGUUCAUUCUAAGUUGAAUUUGUAGCUUGGACUUUAAGGUAGCAUGGCUCUCUUUGCUGUAAGUUGAUUUCUUUUUCCAUUGUACAGCAGUGAAUGUUACACAUCUUUGGUAGGCUAGUUCAACCAUCAUUGUUGGUAAUACCGACCUGAAAGGUGUUCACAUUUGUUUUCUUCCCCGCUCGGAAGCCUAGGAUGCUGUUUUCAUCUGUAGUGUGAAUGAGGGCUAGCGACUCCAGCCACAGUUACCUUCCUGUUUCGUUUCUGCCAUUUACUCAAUGCAACAUAAUCAAUAAUAAAGCAAUAUAGUUUACUGCAUUUUUACUGAAGGCCAGCCAUGGUUAUGUAUGAUAUUGCAUAUGAAACUGUUUACAAAACCAAACAACACUAACUCAUAGCUGUCUUUUAUGCUAUGGACAUGUCUCUUGGGUGGAAUUUUCACUUUGUUUUAGUGGUUUUGGGUUGUUUUUUCUAUUUUUAAGCGAAUUAGUUCAAAACAGAGAAGUGAAGUUAGUGUAAGGUGAAGAGACAGGAUGCAUCGAAGACACACCGGCAGAUCCCAGUCUGCGCACAGACACUGUAGAGUUUCAUACGUACAGAAUCCGAGUCGAGCCCGUUGCCGUGUGCGAGCACUACGCCAGGCGAUUCUGUAAGCUAAGCAAUACUUUAAUACUGUAAUUUAAAUUACCAAAAACGGAAAAAUGCUCACAAAAAAGAGUAGUUUGAGAAGGCAAAUCCUCGUGAUCUCGGUUCCCAAACAGUCCGACCGUGUUGUCUCGAGAGCUCCGUGUCGGAGCAAGGGGCAGUCCCGGCUCCGUCCCUACCCGUAACACCGCGCGCGGGCUCGUGUGUCGCGUCGACCGUCGUAGGUAGCAACCCCCCCCAUCAUCCCCUGUUGUACGAGGUCUGAACUCCAUCAGUACUAGGAUGCAAGUCUAAAGCAUUUCAGGUGGUCAUAAAUGUACCUAAAUAAACUAUGGCACAGUGGCAGGCCUAGCCCUUCCUUUUAUACUUUAGUAUGAACUGAUGAGAACUUUGGUAGUGACUUUUUUUUUAUAUAUAUACAUAUAUAUAUGUAUCUAUAUAUAUCAAGCAUCUUUCAGGUCUCUGUGUAUGGCUUUCUAAAGCCCUGUUGUAAAAUACUAUGUGGAUGGGGGUCUCUCACAUCACAGAUGUGGAAAGUAUAAUUUUAUAUUUGUAUUUUCAAAUAAAUAAGUUUGUGAAAGGUUUCCAUCCUCUACUGUGGUCCAGAAAUCAAUGUGUUUGUCUGACAAAAAAUACAAUAAACUGUUUUGAACAGA